AUGGACAAGAGCAAAAUUUCCUUCGCUGUGGGUCUCGGUAUCGCCAUCCUCUUCCUCAUUGUCGCCGUGUCGAUAUCAGGAUGGACUUGUGGCACCGUGCUUGGCACCUGUGUGGAGAACAGCUCGAUCUCUGAUAAAUAUAAGGAUGUCUAUAAGACUGUGGGAGGGCUCCUCGUCUGCGCCAUCCUGAUAAAUCUUAUGGCCCUUGCAAUUGUCAUUGCCGGCUGCGUAACCUCGCAAGCUUGGACCACGCCAGCCGCCCUAGGACUGACUUGGCUUGGAGGCAUCUUCGCUUUAGCUGCAGUUGCAUACUAUUAUGAUCAGAUGUCGACAGUCUAUUCUCCUAUGCUGGCUGUCAUUGGAAUGACCGGCACGUUGGCCAUGGCCAUCAGUAAUAGCCUUUCGAUGAUACCUGAAUAA